UGUAAGACAUUGACGAACAUAUUAUCACGUGUGAAAAUAGAAAUUUCCAGCAAACCAUUUUCAUUUUGGAAACCGGCGUUUGUUCUUCUUGCAGAAAGUAUAUCAAGAAUAUUUGCUGUGUGCAACGCACAUAUCGUCUAAUCACACAAUGGAUACGAAACAUGAAAACAUAGACAUUACGCCUUCGAAAGAUGGCGGCGUACUUAAAGAAAUUCUUCGAGAAGGGACAGGAGAAGAUAAGCCCUUAGCCGGCGAUAAAGUGUUGGUACAUUAUGUCGGCACACUGGAAGAUGGCACAGAGUUCGACUCUAGCCGAGGAAGAGGGGACAAAUUUGAAUUUGACCUGGGAAAAGGAAGUGUGAUCAAGUCAUGGGAUUUGGGUGUAGCUACUAUGAAGAAGGGAGAAAUCUGUCGACUAACAUGUCGCGGUGAUUAUGCCUAUGGGGAGAAUGGAUCCCCUCCUAAGAUACCUGCUAACGCCACACUUAUUUUUGAAGUGGAACUGUUUGAAUGGAAAGGAGAAGACAUCUCGGAGAAGAAAGAUGGCUCUGUAAUUCGCCACCUUGUACAGACUGGAGAGGGCUAUCAAACACCCAACGACGAAGCCUCAGUCAAAGUACACUACGUGGGACGCUGUGGUAUGACCGUGUUUGACGACCAACAGGUGGAGUUCAUCCUGGGGGAGGGAGACGAUGCAGGUGUCAUUGAAGGUGUUGAAGUCGCCAUCAAACAAAUGAAAAAGAAGGAAAAAAGUCGUCUGGAAAUUCAGCCCUCAAUGGCAUAUGGAGAGGCAGGAAACUCCAAGUUCAACAUUCCACCUAACACUCCACUACAGUUUGAUGUCGAAUUGUUGUCGUUUGAAAAGGCAAAAGAAUCCUGGGAGAUGGAUGCAAAUGAGAAACUUGAACAGGCAGAGAUUAAGAAGGCAAAGGGAACAUCUUACUUUAAGGCAGAGAAAUACAAGAUGGCUGUCAAGUUCUACAGUGCCGUUGUAUCCUUGCUGGACAAAGCCACUGGGAUGGAUUCAGAAGAAGAUUCUGCACGCAAGACUUCCCUCCUACUGGCAGCCUUUCUGAACCUGGCUAUGUGCUACCUCAAACUGGACGACGCCCAUGAAGCCCAGGGUCAAUGUGAUAAGGCCCUGGAACAGGACAGCAAAAAUGUAAAGGCGCUGUUCAGGCGAGGACAGGCUCUACAGAGCAAAGGAGAUUAUGACCUGGCUAAGAAGGAUUUUGAGAGUGUGGUUGAGCUUGACCCUCAAAACAAAGCAGCUAAGAACCAAAUAACUAGGUGUAUGCAAAAAAUCAAGGAGUUCAAAGAGAAAGAGAAAAAAAUGUACGCAGGGAUGUUCCAGAAAUUUGCAGAGAUUGACAGCAAAAAGAAGGAGAUUCCAUUGGAUGAAGGAAAAGACCUUGAGAAAUCUGAUGACCUUGAGAAAUCCACCGAGGAAGAGAACCAGGAGCCACAAACAGGGGACCAGCCAGUAGAAGCGAGCUGAAGAACAGCAUUACGCUAGUCUUCAUCAGUCUGUUAGUGUAACAUUACUCCAUAUUUUUCAGUGUUAAUAUGGGCUGUAAGUCCAUCAGUGUAAAAUUACACUGGUCUCUGUUAAUGUCAGUGUUAUGCUGUACUGUUAGUGUUAAUAUUACACCAUUUUGUCAGAACAAAUGUAAAAUCAAGUGUAUGUAGACAUUGAUCUAUAUCUGUUUAUUAAGUGUUAUAAGGAUCUCUCCUUUUUCUGUUUUUUUUUGUAAUUUUUACUUGUAUAUGUAAAACAUUAUACCAGUCUAUGUUUUCUAUCAGAUUACACAGCUCUAAGUGGCUGACUAAUUGGACUAUGUAACACUAAUUAACAGACUGAAAUUUGUGUGUGGUCAAAUAUGAUUGUACAGUGUUUAUGUAACAGUGUAAAAGUGACGUGUGUAGUCGUUUAAAACUUCCUUAUGUAGAAGUGCAAAUAUCAUGUUGUGACUGAUCUUUCUGUAACUGACUGUUCAAGGAUUUUAAUGUGCUAGGCAUGCUGGCCAAGAUUAUGUAUGUGUGUCAAGGUUGGUAGACACUUCAAUAUCAAAACUUUCUCUUUCUGAAUGUAAAAUCUCAUUAUACUUUACUGUUUAUUGUUUCACCAGUAUUAGAACAACUGAUACUGAUCAUGUGUGGCCAUAGCUGUUGUAUGGCUGGGAUUGUUUUGUCUAUGAAGUGACAUGAAGGACCAAAAGACUCGAGGAUUUUUUGAGGGAAAAAAAUAGACAUGUUCAGGGUGCAAUUUUUUAAACAUUAAGGACCAGAUUAAAUGAGCUUGUGCAAUGGUGUGGUUUUCGUUUGUUGUCAGUCUGUCUGUUUGGCUUAGGGUGAUAAUAAUUGGACUAAAGGGCUAUACAUUUUGUAAAUGAAUCCUCUUGACUCACUUUCAACGUCUGUUCAAACGGUAAACAACCAAGGAUAUUUG